UUGUGUGGGCCACUUCCUCUCUCAUUGGAUUCUUCUGGUAUCUGUAUGACACUAAUUCCUUUUUUUUAAAUAUAAAUUGUACUAGGAGGUUGUAAAUAUCUGGACAUAUGUGCAAGUUAAAGGGUGGGUUUCACACCUUUAAAGUUUCUUCAAGUGCUUCAUAUCAAUCUAGACCACCUCCUUUUCAAGUUGGCUCUGAUAAAUUAAAGAGUUUUGUGCCUUAUUUUCCGAUAAAUUAGCAUAUUUGAAGAAAUUGCUACAUUCUGAGUUUCAUCUGAGGUGCUGAGUUGGCAGGACAGGUAUAUACAGUGAGAUGGCAGUACUAAAAGAAAUUGAAUGUUCAUUCUCUGUCUUCAGGUAAGAGAGGCACUGUACAGCAUCUAGACUGGUAUGGAAUAAUUCAAAGGGGGGAGAAAAGUAAGACAUUUUACCUUUAUGUAAGAUGACAAUAGUGAAAUAUGAGGGUGAACAAAGCCAGAAGAUGAUGCUUGACAUUGUAUAAUUUAUGAACCAUCAGUGAAGUGUGUCUUUUAAACAUGCAUGUGUGCAUUUCUUUUUAAAGACCUAUUUUAGCAAUUUUACUUAAAUUAGGUGUCUCAGUGGUCUCAGCACAUGAUUAGGAAUUACUAGACUCCCAUGAACCUCAAGUCUGAAGGCUGACAUAGAGAAUUUAGCCAUUCUUGGCUUCAGAACCCAUGCUAGGGUUGAGGAGACUUGCCAGCACCUUGGAAUUUAUUGAACUAAAAAUGUCUGGUAGCAAGUGUUCACCUAAACAUCCUCAUUCCCACUCAUUACAGGUAGACAAAGAAAAAUCAGUUCAAAUACAAGGACCCAAGUCUAUAUAUCUACAACUAGGCUCAAUGUGGACAGUGGAGACUACAGGAGAUCACAAAAACUAAAGAAAGAAACUAGAUUUCAGAUUUAUUCUAAUCAGUUCAAGAUCAGUGGUCAAUAAACUUUUCAACAUGAUCUGUUCUGAUGAGAAUUCUGACCUGGCUUGCAUAGUUGAGACCUGGUUUAAUGACACACACAGCGCUAUAUGGGUCAAAGUUACACUCCUAUAUGGUCCAGUUUACACCACACACACACCACCCGCACUCAGGCUAGUCUGUGUACCAGCUCUCAAACUUUUUCGUCGUGUGAAUCACAUCUGAACAGAGUAUUUCAUAGACCACUUUCUCUCCUAUUUAGAUUGUGAAUGUGUGGACCACUUCAUCUCUUACUGGUAAUCAAAUAAUAUCCCCGUGGUAAGUACAGCACAUGAUUACCUGGAAAAACAAUGUUUGGAAAUAUUUUUAGUUACUUUUAAUGUGAUUUAGUGACUGGAAAUGACAAAUAGUAGCUUUAUGUGAUCAAUUAGCAACCCACUUGUAACCAACAAGUGCUCUGUAGACCUUGACUAUGCUAGGUGAGAGGUGGCACAACAAGGUUAUUCACGCCUUAGAUGAAGUGGAGAUUCUCUCAGUAAGACAGACUUCUUCAAGUCUAUGGAUACUACUCACUACAGAACAUAAGUGGCACAAAAUGAGAUUGGAAAGCAAUUACCUCCAGCACAAAAAGAUAAUCUCUUUUCUAUAGUUAGCAGAACUAUUCUUGUUAACCAGUUUGUCAAGCUGUACUGUCUUCAGUCAUCCACAGAACCAGCACUUCUUCCUGAGAUUAGCUUUCUACCUAAGUACCACAGUGAUGGUGGGUACUAUUAUCCUUAGAUACCAGGAUAAUAUUGUAUGGUGCUCUAAAAAUGACAAUGUUGCCUUGCAGAUAAGAUUGCUGGGAUCUGGGACAAAGUCUCUGGGCCCCAAGAAUUGGGGUUUAUGCAAAAAGGAGUGCAAAUACAUGUAUCCUUUGUAGAAUUCAGAUUGUUCAUGCAGACAGAAGUUUUCAAAGUUACUGCAGGAUAUCAGCCUGUGACUCUAUCUGUCUCUCAUGGCUGGUGAAAGCAGUCAUGAGACCCUGAACCCCCUGUUGACAGAGAUUCUCAACAUCAUCUUUGGAGAUUGCAAUGUAAUAGCCAACCUGAAAAAGGCUGUUGUCCAACUAGUGCUCAAAAAAAUCUCUUGACAUGAUUUUGCCUGUUCCUGUCCUGUAUAGUAUCAAAUCUGCUAGUUCUGAGCAAGGUUGUUAAGAAGUUUGAGAACAGCUAUUUCUAGCAGCACCUCAAAUCAACCCGCAACUUUGACGCGCACAAUUGGAUUUUGGCCCAGGACAUGGCUCUGGGACAAGGCUGGUCAUAGAUUUGGAUCUUUUUUUUUAGCAGUGGACAGCAAACAUCAGUGCUCAUAUAUCUAGAUAAGUCCACAGCAUUUGACGCGCUUGACUAUGAGGUGUGCUGCGUUGCCUGAGACAUCUAGCAGGAUGGACAAACUUUGCACUAUGUUGGCUCCAGAUCUUCCUCUCAGGCAGAAGAGGGGAUUGUGAUGGGCAUCAGCUUCUCAUUCACAAGGACUUGUAUAGUUCCAGGAGGCUCAGUUCCUUUCUCACAUCCCAUUUGACACAUGUUAAAUCUCUAGGAUAGGUUGUGAACUGCCACAGACUCCAGCUUCAGUAGUCUCCCAAUGAGUCCCAGCUCCGCAUUUCCCUCGUGUAAAACACAGCUUUCCCAUGUCUUCAUGAUCUGAAUUUGCUUCCUCUCUAUUACAGCAGUGCCUCAUACCUUUGCUUACUAAGACUUUCCAGAUAGCACAACAUGAAGCAAUCCACCUUCUAAUCAACAUUGCUCAUCAAAAACACCAUGAUGCUUCAGACACUACAAUGGCAUCUGGUUCAAUAACUAAUGUAAAUUUCUGAUCUUGAUCUUUGAGGCUGUUCGUGGGCUGAGCUGUGCUUCUCAGGGACAAUGGAGUUGUGAUCGCAUCCCGAAUGAAACUCACAAAUGUAGGGGAUUGUGGCUUCUUUCCAGUAGAUCCACUGCUGUGGAACUCCCUUCUGAGAAUGAGCAUAAAUCUUACCAGCUUCAGAACAAAAUAAAACCCAUUUAUUUACAUGAGCUUUCCCACAACAACUUCCUUGAAAUUGAAGAAUAAAUGAAGAUGAUGGAGGAGAGGAAAAAGUAAACAUUGACAUGAACAUCUGCAUACAUUCACAUCACAAAGCAAGUGAGGGAUAUUAGACUUUCAGACUGCUAGGUUUUUGAAUUUUGGGUUGCAUUCAGAUACUACUUGGUCAUGUUAUAAAUACCUAAAUGGGGGGAGUAUUUUUUUAAAAAAAGUUUGCUCUAGUAUCUGGACCAAAAUGUGCCCUUGCACAUACUCUUUUGUAUCAUAUUGAUGUGUAUUAGUUGGCUAACACCCUUCAUCUCAGUGAUGACUUCAGUUCAGAGCUGGUGUAAGGGUUUAGUAUGUGAAGUGCUUUGGAAUCCUUCAGAAUAAAAUAUACUAUAUCUGUAAAAUAAGUAGUAAUAUUACUGUAGCUUUUAUUUAGCUUUUAUUUUGAAUUAGCUUUGAUUUAAACUAUUAUAGUGUACCCAAAUCUGGCGAUAAAUUGAUAAAAGGUUAAUAGCGAAGUGGACAAAAGGGAGAACUGACAGGUUGAUAAAGAGGUUGACUACUGUGAUAGUGAGUUUGACUGAUAAAAGAAAAAAGAUUGAUGAAGAUGUUGCCUUCUAUAAGAGUAUUUGAUUAAAAAAAUGAAAAAGAUUGAUGAGAACACUGUCUGGUACCAAAAAGGCAGAGAAAAGAACUUUCUUUCUAGCAAAGAAUCUAACGUAUUGAUUUUUUGACAGUUCUGGGAUUUAGCAGUAAUUCACUUUCAGUUUCAAAUUGUUUGAUAUCUCAGUAAAUCUCUCUGUGCCAUAAAAGCUACAUACUGCUGAAUUGUUGUAAGUAAAGCUUGAAUGUGAUGUAUCUACCAUAUGCAAGGAUUUUUCUUAGCCUAAUUUGGAGGUCUUUUAAAUUUCAGAAUCACCUUCUAAUUAAUGAAAUAAUGAAAUAAUCACCUUUUAAUUAAUGAAAUUAAUGAAAUAUUUUCUGGAGAGUUGUUUUAUAGUGGCUUCAAACAGGAUUAGGGUCUGUCAAGAACUCUGGUUAGUGGUCACAGUUUUCUUGUUUGCAGUGUUGUAGCUGUGUUGAUCCCAGGAUAUUAGAGAGACAAGGUGGGUAAAAUAUAUUACCUCACCCACAAUUUUCUUGAAAAGAAAGUCAUUAGUAAAUUCUCCAUUAGCUUUUUUCUUUGGAAAUACAUAACAUUAAAUUUGAAACAAACCAUCACAGACACUAAACAAAGCUAUUUAAAUGUGCUUAUGGUUUGCCAUUUGUACCUUUUAAUAAAGAAUACUGUCUAAAUGUAAUAUUCCUAGAAUCAAAUUUGACAAAGAAUAGUAUACAAACUAAACUUCUCUGUGUCUCAGUUUAGUUAAGUGUCUUGUCUAUGGAGCCCUUGUAGCCUACAGCAAUAUUUCUCAGAUGAUGGAGCCAUGCCUUCAGGUGUGUUGCUAGGGGUUGCCUGCUGGUUAGCACUCCAUAGCUGAGAACAACCCACCCCUUGCCACAUAGCAGAAUCCUAUGGCUGUGAAGAUCCAGCAGGAGCAAAAAGAGAGCAAGAAAGUAGCCGCUUGUUCCCCCAAAUAAUCCUCCCCCUUUUUGCUACUGCUGCUCCAUCCCUAAACCCAAUCACAAUGGAGAUUCUCCCCCUUCCCAGUAUUCAGUUCUGGGGCAGGAUAAUACAGGACAUCUAGAAGCUGUGGAACUGGCUUGGUAGCCUCUUGAAGUAGUGCUGUCUGAGAGCUGUGUGAGGGGGCAUGGAAAGGUUGAGAGAAAAGGGAAGCACUCUCAUCAGCCAGCAUCAGCCCCACUCCCAAACCCAGCCCUCCAAGCACCAACAGCUAGAGACCAAAUCCCCCUUACUAUUUCCAGCUCUGCCUAUCCAACAACAGCUCACUAGAAUCCCCAAAAAUCCUUGAGAAUUUUUGCCAUGACCCCAAUCCUACAGUCCUUUUGGGUGGACCACUUAAAAAAACCUGAUGGGGUGGUGUCACAUUCUCUGGUGCAAUCCAGACUAGUGAGGGGUCGUGUCAUUGCCUGCUCUGUCAUCCUGGGUGCCUCACAAUGCUUUACGGGUGUAGCUCCCAACCUGGGCCAUGCACAACCGGGCUACCAGCAUAAAGGUCAUGUGCUGAGUGUCUGUGUAUAGCUGAAGCUUUGACCACAGCAGCUUGCCAGCAAUGCACCAGUCACACAUUGGCUUCUGCAAGCCUUGUUUACUACUUGCAAGGUGACUCCAACACACUCUCAGUCCUGGAUUUUCCCAAAAAUUUGUGUUCUGCAAUGACCAGCCCUCUCCUGGGUAGUUCAGAUAUUAAGGUACAUUGCCCCUGUAAGAAGUCAAUAUUCAAUAGUUUACUUUAGCUGGAAUUACCAAACAGUUCAGUUUUUGGCACUGGAUUGGUUUAGAUUAGAAAUAAAACAAGUUUAUGAACAAAAGAAGAUAGGAUUUUACGUGAAUUCAGGUAUAAGAGAGAGAGUUAGAAAUGGUUACAAGCAAAUAAAAGUGAAAACAUGCAUCUAAAAGUCUAAAACUUAAUUGGUUGAUUCAAGGUUUUGUUUAAGAUGGCCUUUCUCACCCACGGUUUUCCAGCAAGAUUAUGAAUUACCCUUUACUUCAUCAGGAUCUCUCUCAAAGGCCCAAAGCUUCUGGUGCCUUUGUCUUAGGUGAAAAAGAAUGUGAGGUUCUCUACUAGGGUGACCAGACAGCAAGUGUGAAAAACUGGGACAAGGAGUGGGGGGUAAUUGGUGCCUAUAUAAGACAAAGCCCCAAAUAUCGGGACUGUUCCUAUAAAACCGGGGCAUCUGGUCACCCUAUUCUCUACCCCCUUUUUUAUAGACCAGUGAACCUUUGAAGUGGAUUCUUCUGAGGGUUACCCAUCAGAGUAAAGUUUAUUCAAGCAGUAAAAAAAGAAAAAUGGAGUCUGGUGGUGAAGGGGCUCCAUGCCCCUACUUGUGUUUGCUAAAAUUCAAAUUGUUCUGUUUCCUGCCAUCUCUUUCCCCUGCUGACUUAAAGAUUCUGUCUACUACUUAUAUGGAAAUUGAGGCAAAUUCCUGGGUAACAAUUUUUGCCUAGGCAGGGCUAUUUGGUUUUGAACAUGUGCUAAUGACAUCAUAUGGGGGAAUAAUAACUUUCAUAUAACGUUGCUAUAUCCAUAUCACCAUGAUAUUAUUUACCAGUGAGUUAUUUGUUUUCAAAUGAUAUGUUACAAGGCAUAUUUUGUACAAAGAUUAUUACAAUAGCGUGUAGAGUGUGAAUACAUGGGAUGCUUUUGGUCAGGUGGCUAUAGGGGUUCUGAGUGGAAAUAGGUUGAGAACCUCUGGUCUAUAGGAUUAGGCUUCAGGAGAAGUCAGGAGACCUGUAUUCUAAACCAAGCCCUGACACUGAUUUGCAGUCUGAUACUGGGCAAAUCACAUCUUUAAGCCCCAGUUUCCUUAGUGGGAAGAUGGAGAUAAUGAUGUUCGUCAUCUCCUGUGAUGUUUUGAGGUAUAGUUGUCACAACCACACGGCCCCUCCUCUCCGGGGGUCGGCUGGGAAGGCAGAUCAGCACUGCAUGUUGCUAACGCUGUGGCAAACAUUGCAAAGCAUUUUGGGGAGGUUCAAAGGUGUGAGUGUGGAGUGGAAGAUUUCUUUGCAGACUGCGAGAGGCCAAAGUGGGAGGAAAGAAGAAAAGUACGGGUUAACUUGAUGUCCCAGCUAAACCAGAAGAUAAGGAGCUGACUCCAGCUGAAGGCCACUCUGCUACCUGCCAAGACAGAAGGGGGAGAGUCCACCCCCCACCCCCCCCGACCAGCCAUGAGAAAGGAGAGUUGUUGAACGAAAUCACAGGGGCUGCGAAAAGGAGCGAGAUGGCGAAGGCCAACAAGGAAAAAACAUAACGGUCUCACAGCCCUGAAACCAGUGUGUUUUGGGAAAGCUGAAGAAGCCACAGAAGGCCGACUUGGACUGGUACACAGAGCUUGGGGAACAAAGGUCCUGGAAGGAGACUCCCCCAAGAGACCCCAGGGACUUAAAAACCCUCCUGAGAGCUGAGGCAAAUCAGAGAUCAACAGCGGACCCUGGACGACCUGUGCACAGGACAAGAACUCCUGUCCACCCUUCCCCCUCUUCUUCUUACGUUACUCCCAGGCUUGGACAGCCUGGGGUAGUGUGGGUUUACAUCCUCAUCUGCUGUUUCUGCUCAUUUAGUUGCAUCCGUUAUUGUAGCUGUAGUAGAAGGGAGAGGACUUGCCAGAGGUGAAGUAGGAAUGGCUAGUAUUGACUUAAAAAACCCCGAAGUGGUAUUAUCCCAAUUUGCGGACAAUACAACCUAUGCUAAGGUUAUCACAAAACUCAAGAUUUUAACACCAUUAGAAAUAAUAAUGUCAAAUACUGCUUGUGAUACAGGGAAUACAACAAAAUUGUUCAGUUUGAUAACAGAAAAUUUCAAGAACGUGACUUUUACUACUGUCCAAAGAAAAUACUUCAAUGAAACAAAGGGCUUGGAAUAUAUAGAACAGUUGUGUACAUCUGAAUUCAGCACUGUCCUAAUGGAGGUUCAGUCCAAGUAUUACUGUCUAGCAGCUGUUGCAGCUUUGCUAAAAUAUGUUGAAUUUAUUCAAAAUUCAGUUUAUGCUCCUAAGUCACUCAAGGUUUGUUUCCAGGGAAGUGAGCAAACUGCUAUGAUAGAUUCAUCAUCAGCCCAAAAUCUUGAAUUGUUAACUAACAAUAGAGAUUCUCGGAAUGGUCACACUCUUUUUGGCGUUCUAAAUUAUACUAAAACUCCAGGUGGAAGCCGAAGACUUAGGUCUAAUAUCCUGGAGCCUCUGGUUGAUGCUGAAACAAUUAACACAAGAUUGGAUUGUAUUCAGGAACUACUACAGGAUGAGGAGCUCUUUUUUAGUCUUCAGGCAGUGAUUUCAAGAUUCCUGGAUACUGAACAACUUCUUUCAAUUUUAGUACAAAUUCCAAAGCAAGAUACAGUUAAAGCUGCUGAAUCAAAGAUAACUAAUUUAAUCUAUCUGAAACAUACUCUGGAACUUGUGGAUCCUCUAAAGGCUGCUUUGAAAAGCUGCAAGACACAUCUGUUAAAGGCAUAUUACAGUUCUCUGGAAGACAAAAGGUUUGGAAUCAUACUUGAAAAGAUAAAAACUGUCAUUAAUGAUGAUACAAGAUACACAAAAGGAUGCCUGAAUAUGAGGACCCAGAAGUGCUAUGCAGUCAGGCCAAACAUCAAUGAAUUCCUUGAUAUAGCUCGUAGAACAUACACAGAGAUUGUAGAUGACAUAGCAGGAAUGAUAACACAGCUUGCAGAAAAAUACAACCUGCCUUUGAAGAUGAGUUUCAGCUCUGCUCGUGGAUUUUUUAUCCAAAUGAAUGCAGAGUGUGCAGCAUUACCUAAUGGUCAGCUACCUUCAGAAUUUACAAAGAUCACUAAAAUGAAAAAUGCAUAUAGCUUUACUUCAGCAGACUUAAUUAAAAUGAAUGAAAGGUGCCAGGAGUCUUUGAGAGAAAUUUAUCACAUGACCUACUUGAUAGUAUGUAAACUACUGAGUGAAAUUUAUGAACAUAUCCAUUGUCUAUACAAACUCUCUGAUACUGUGUCAAUGUUGGAUAUGUUGCUGUCAUUUGCCCAUGCCUGCACUCUUUCUGACUAUGUUCGUCCAGAAUUUACUGAUACCUUAGCAAUCAAGCAGGGGUGGCAUCCCAUUCUUGAAAAAAUAUCUGUGGAAAAACCUGUUUCUAAUAACACUUACAUCACAGAAGGCAGCAAUUUUAUCAUUAUUACAGGACCAAAUAUGAGUGGAAAAUCAACUUACCUGAAACAGAUUGCUCUCUGUCAAAUUAUGGCACAGAUUGGUUCUUAUGUCCCAGCAGAAUAUUCUUCUUUUAGAAUUGCUGAGCAAAUUUUCACUAGAAUUGGUAUGGAUGAUGAUAUAGAAACAAAUUCAUCAACAUUCAUGAAGGAAAUGAAAGAGAUAACGUAUAUCAUACAAAAUGCUAAUGACAAAUCACUCAUCAUAAUUGAUGAACUUGGCAGAGGUACCAGUACUGAAGAAGGUAUUGGCAUUUGUUAUUCAGUGUGUGAAUAUCUACUGAGUCUGAAGGCAUUUACUCUGUUUGCUACACAUUUCCUGGAACUGUGUCAUAUAGAUGCUUUAUAUCCCAAUGUGGAAAACAACCAUUUUGAAGUACAACAUGUGAGAAAUAGUGCUGGAAAUAAGGAAAAAAUUACUUAUACUUACAUACUUUCGAAAGGACACACAGAGGAAAAAAACUAUGGAUUAAAAGCUGCAGAAGUUUCUUCUCUACCACCAUCAGUAAUUUUGGAUGCAAAGGAGAUCACAACUCAUAUUGCUAGACAAAUUUUGCAAAAGCAAAGAACCACUCCUGAGACAUUAAGACAGAGGGCUGUAUACCAUCUAGCAACAAGGCUGGUUCAGACUGCAAGGAACUCUCGAUUGGAUGCAGACAGUUUGCGAAUAUUCUUGAAAGGCCUGAAAAAAAAGUAUGAAGCUGAUUGUCCUGUGUCUGGACAAGCACAAACUGAAGAUGGACAGUAAUUUAUAGCUUACAUUGAUGGACUAAUUUAUUUGGUGAGGGCCUGAAUAUUAAUUUUCUGUAUCACUGACGUAUUUUUUUUUAUUUUUUAAAAUAGUUGAUUCUCAUCAUAAAUUAUAUUCACUACUGAAGCACCACAUUUACUAUAUGUGGGUAUAAAUAGUUAUUCCUCUGAAGAAUUUUUUUGGAGCAAAUUUUAAACAGAAGCAUUUAUUUUGUAUAAAUAGUAUAACUAUGAAAGAUUUUUUUUUCCAUAAGACUCUUGAUAUGUGCUUUUUCUGAAGAGAUUGAGGGCAGGAGGCCCCACUCCAUUUUGCUAGAGACUGGUGGAUACACUACUCCAAACCUUCUCUAGCAACAGAGAGUGGUUUAUUUCAAAAUAGAAAAUUAACCCUUUUACAGAGUCUGUCAGUACAUCUUUCCACCCCCUGGAGCUGGAUUAAAUCCUUUUAAAAUGCAUGGCCCCAGUAUGGAGAGAAGGAAUGGACCAAACCAAAGAAAGGGAGUUGUGGUAGGCAGACAACUUAUUUGCUCUUCCUGGAUAUAACUCCCUGGCAAAUAAGGAGGUGUUGUUUUGGCCUUCCACCAAAUGACACCUGUCUGUGGAACAGGUCAGUCAACAGACUGCAAAGCCAGCAUCCUUGGCCUUUUUUACAGAAAAUUGCACAUACAUUGACAUGGUUAAGCCUUUAGCAUAACUGAUGCCUGAACAUUAAAGGAAUGUCAUGAACAUUAAAACUACAUUUGACUGAACAUGCUUUUCAUGUACCACAGCUACAGGUGACGUCUAAGAUUACUUCUUUAUAAUUAUGACAAAGACUGGAGAAAGUAUUAUUUCAGCUCUGUCUUUUCGGUUUGUUUUUUUUGCACACUUGAGAACACUUCAGUUGUUUCACUCAUAUGUAGAUGGCUAGUUUCUCUGUCUAGUCUCAUGCAGUGAUAUAUAUACACAUCACCUACUAGCCAGAGGCAGGGCAUUUACCACACCUCUGGAAAUAAUUUUGGCUUAAGGUGGCCAAAUUGAAGGUCCAGUCACGUCUCUGAGUUGGGGCCAGUGAGGAUCUCCCUCCAUCUCAGUGGGAGCUCCAGGAGGGAUUCCCUUUAAUCUUGUGCCCAUCUUCUCUUUAAGUAACCAUGUGGGGGCACAGUCUAGCCCAGGAGCGGGCAAACCUUUUGGCCUGAGGGCCACAUUGGAUUUUCAAAAUUGUAUGGAGGGCCAGUUAGGGGAGGCUGUGUCUCCCCAAACAGCCAGGUAUGGCCCUGCCCCCACC